AAUCGAACCGAAUUUCCAGUUCUUAUUUGUCGUCUUAAACUAAACUAGGGUUUUCAAAAAUCAUAUCCCCCCUUGGAAUCUCCUUCCUCUCUCUCUCUCUCUUUGUGAUUUCUGAAUUCCGAAGAAAUCUCUCUUAGUAAUGAAGUUUAGAUAUGCUAUGGUUUGUUCAUCAAACCAGAAUCGAAGUAUGGAAGCACAUUGUUUACUGAAAAGACAAGGUUUUGAUGUAGCUUCUUAUGGUACUGGAGCUCAUGUUAAACUUCCAGGUCCUUCAUUAAGAGAACCUAAUGUUUAUGAAUUUGGCACACCUUAUAAACAGAUGUUUGAUGAUCUCAGAAGAAAAGAUCCUGAAUUAUACAAGCGCAAUGGAAUACUGCCAAUGCUUAAAAGAAAUAUAGGUGUCAAACUUGCGCCUCAACGCUGGCAAGAGAAUUCUGCUGAUGGUACUUUUGAUGUGGUAUUCACGUUUGAAGAGAAGGUUUUUGAUAUGGUUAUAGAAGAUCUUCAUACUCGUGACCAUGUUCUGAUGAAAAGUGUGUUGGUGAUAAACUUGGAAGUUAAAGAUAAUCAUGAGGAGGCAGCAGUAGGAGCUAGGCUUACUCUGGACUUAUGCCAAGAGCUUGAAGCGACUAAUUCAUGGGAGGAAAAGGUUGAUGACAUUAUUUCUACAUUUGAAAGACAAAAUAGACGGAAAAUCGUGUACAGCAUUUCCUUCUAUUAGAGACUGCAAGUUGUUCCCACCAAGUGGACAUGUUUUAUUCUGCUAGUAAUUCAGUUCUAACCUGGCUGGUAAUUCUUGAUAUUUUUAGUGUUAGAAUCCCGGGGAUUAUGACUGUUUGGGAUUACUCAGCUUCUCUUGUUGGUCAUUGUAAUUGAACAGCUACACGAAAUACUGAAAAGUCAGAGCUAGUUUUCUGUUCUACUAUUAUAUAGUAUUUCGUAUUUCAUUUGAUUCAA